UUGCUGUUGAUGAUGAUUAGAUCAUUGAUCGUUGCUUUCAAUCAGAUCUUGACAGUGAUGCAGCUGUAUGGGGUUGCAGCCCGUUGGAAGAGAUGCUACCUCAUCACCAUGUCACCUCUGCUGUAACACAACAUGACCAGUAUUUUGCUGAUGUUGCUGCUGUCAGUCAUCAGAACCCAGUGUGUGUCGCCUGUCCCAUCAUGCCCUGCUUCCUGUGUGGUUUGUUCUGAAGAUGCCCUCAUCUGUCACAGACUGACUAACAUUAUUGACGCUCCAGGCACGACCCAGGCUAUGCUGCUAACAGAAGGCUCCAUAUCCACAGUCCAGCCUUCCUCACUGUCUGACCUCAGCAACAUUACAGUCAUAGGUCUGAGUCAUAACCAUAUCUCAGAGCUGGGUGAGAAGCCCUUCAGAAACCUGCCGUUCCUCAACACCUUACUGCUGGACCACAACCUCCUGACCAGCCAGGCCCUACAGGGGGGAGCUCUGACCAAUCUAACCCGGCUAGAGGUCCUCGCCCUGGGCCAAAACCUUAUUAGCAUGAUCCAAGGUGUCUGGUUUGAAGGUAACAAAGCCCUGCGGAGCCUGAAGCUAGAGGGAAACUUGCUCACCAGUUUGGACUCUGGUUCCUUCCCUCUUAAUGACCUCAGAGAUCUGGAGAGUCUGGAUCUGUCAGAUAACCUGAUAUAUCAUCUGCAUAGAAACACCUUUGGUAGGUUGUGGAGUCUGCAGACUCUGGAUCUGUCCAGGAACCGUCUGAGUUCUGCUCCUGCUGAGGCUUUUUCCUACCUCAGCUGGCUGACAAACCUAAACCUGGACCUCAACUCAUGGAACUGCUCCUGUCAGCUGCUGGAACUGGCGGCCUUCCUGUCCAACUUCAUACAACAACCAGACAAGACCCUCUAUAAUGGCCGUAGGAUGGUGUGUGUGAGCGCUGACAACCCAGCCGUAACCACAGUCUGGAGCUGACGGAGGCCAACUGCGUCCCCUCCAAUCAGAACAUCACAGUGCAGAUAGAGGCAAGAGGCAGCGUGACACCUCAGCUGUAUGCUCGAGAUCUGGCUAUCACGGCGGUCAUCUGCUUCAUUGGUGGUGUUGGCUUGACCCUGCUGGUAGUCCUGAUCUGCUAUCAAGUGUCUAGAAGGAAGAAACUGAAGGAAAGUAAAAGAAAGGAAGAAGAAGAAGAGGGAAGCAGCACAGGGGUGAAUCGCCAUGCCAAUCACCUAGAUGCCAGCGACAAGAGGAGGGAGCUCUUCAUGCAAGCACAAAGAAGAGAGCCUUGGGACAGGGAAGCCAAGAUGUUGGAUGCAAGGACAGAUGGCUAUGGGGACCAGAAUAGGUCCAGAGUUGAUGAAAAUGGCUAUUUUGGGUGCCCGGACUGCAGCACCAAAGGACAGAGAGGGAUGGGGCUGAACCAGACGAGAGCAAGGUGGAACAACAGGAUUAAUGGAGGGAUGGAUACCGAGGAGGACAGUGAGAAGAGGAAAAUGAGGAUGUUGAUGAUAGAAGAAGAAAGGAAAAGCUUGGGACGCAGGGAAUAUCAGUUAGGGACAUUCCUAACAAGUUUCUUUCUCACAGCAACACCAACUCUUCCUCUCAUCCACGGAAAGACAUCUUUAGUCAGAGAGUAGAGACCCUGGCUGACAAUCAGACAAUCAGAGAAAUGGGAGAGAGCUAUAGGAAUGACAUGGAAGGUAAGAGCAGAGGACAUGAGACGGUACACUGUGAGAGCUGCCACAGGACAUACAGACCACCAGAGCAGAGCAUGAGACGCGGGAGGAUUCACACCAACACGAAAGACUCUGCUCUGUUUGAUGGCUUCCCUUCUCAGUACAGACAGAUCGACAGGGGUAGAUAUGAUAACUACAACCAGUCUGACAUGAUGAAGAACACAGAGUUGAGAAAAGAAACAAGAAACGUAACCUUUGACCUGAAGAGUUCCAGAAGCUUAGAGCAAGGAGGCAGUCAAGGCGAAGACCGGAGGGAGAGAGAUCAAACAAGGAGAAGAGCAAAAAAACACGAAGCUAAAGUCCAGUCGAGCCGGUUACUGAAGGUUAAACUAAAUAUGAACCCGCUGCUGAAAAGCAAAGUCCAUCCUAAGAGGAAAAAUGACCUGGGCCACUCAGAGGAAAGCAGCUCAAAGAAGAGUAAAGAUAAAAGGCAGGAUGGAAAAGAAAGAAGGGAGAGGGAAGGGAAAGGAAAGUCUGGGGAGAAAACAAAGGGAAACAGUGAGAAAGCAAAGAAAUCAACCAAGACUAAAGGAUCGACUGAGGAUAGGGAGGAAGAAAAAGACAGACGAGAAGGAGGACAGAAAAGCAAAAAAUCAUCUAGGCAGAAAGAAGACAAGCAGGAAAAUACAGAAGUUAUCCAGGGCGAGAAUACACUCCUAGACAACACCCAGCCUGGCGAUACCACCAAUACUGCUGACCAGUCAGCCUCUUCUCUUGCGAUUGGACAGGGACAAGACUUGCAGGGUGGGACUAUUCAGUCUCAGGAAGCUGGAUUGGUUCUGGGGAGUGCGCAGCUCUCUUCGCAGCAUCCCUUAUCCCUCUCUGCCACUGACAGGAAUCGCACUACCAACCUCUCACUGCUUGGUUUAGCGAGCUCACAACUGACUGGCAGCAGCCUCUCUCUUCAAGGAGGGAAUCUUUUGCUCAACACCAUGGCCUCAGGAUCUAAUGCACUGUUCCCCAGUGGACCGGCUAAACCUGUUGCCCCUAGCAUAGCAAUCAGUGGUGCUCCAGACAGCUUCAGCAGGACACCUGGGGUAGGCCUUGUGUCUCCUGCUUCCUCUCUUCUAGCUAACGCUGUACUUGCUAACCCAUUGCAAGCAAGUGCAAUACAUACUUCUGCUCCUCAUUUCUCCCAGCCUCCAGGACUAGCCUCAAAUUUAGUAGCAAAACCUGCACCUGUGCAAUCCCUCUCGCAGAGCAAGCUGCCUCCUGACAGCUCUCCUCUUGUUGUAAGACUGAUGUCUGAUCCAGGCCAGGAACCGGGCCUUCACACUGGGGAUGGAGUACUUCAGAGACUUACUCUCCAAACUCAGGCCCCUCUAAGUGCGGAUGUUUAUCUGGGCUGACCCUUCAGGCUCCUGGACCAGAGACCACUGUGGAGAAUGUGUCAAACAUCAACAGUCAGACAGAGUCUGGGCGUGCGGGUGGUGGGUCCACCGCCCCCAUGUUGGCUGAGGGUGGGGCUCUAACUGAAGGAUUUGCUGCAGGGUUGUCAGGAGGCAUCGUGCAGGCAGUAGAUGCAUCUGUUUUAAGUGUCUCUGCACCCCCGACGUCUACACAGAGCACGUCCUCCACAGGGGAUACAGUUACAGCUGCUGCACUACUGCAGCAGGAGUACCUGUCAGAGGAAGGAGGCUCCUCCCCCAGGAGGAAGCUGAGGCUGGUGCUUCCUGAGAAGACGUCCGACCGACCACCCACCGCAAUGGAGAGGAAAAUACGCUAGCUAGCUGCUCAUGUCAGAUUUGGUGGCUGAAACUUUAUGGAUCAGUAGUGUUUUACAGAAACUCAGAAGAAGCACUUUAGAUUUUUUAGAUCAGGUGAAGAAAAGACUGCCUUCACAUGUUCUUAAUGUGAUGUGAUUAACUUAUGUUUGGUUUAGUAAACAUUGAGUAAAAAUCUGGGUGUUAUUUUUGAAUUUCAAUGUUCAUUGUAACAGCAGUUGACAUAAAUCUCACCUUAAAGCUAGUUAGUAACUUUCGUAAAAAAAAACUUUUAGUUGAUAUAUGCUGACAACAGAACAUGAUUCAGAUCAUCUGUG